GGGAAUAGUGACCGGGCACUGGCAGAGAGUAGGGAGGGGGGGCUGCCCCUGGGACAGGGCCAGACUCAUGGAACCGCCCUGGAGGAGCAGCAGGGUGUGUGAGUCUAGGUGACCUGUGACUGGGAGAAGGAGAUCAUCUAUGCUUUAUAGAUGGAAAUGGAAGUGGGCAGUGGUUACCUGCAUAAAGGAAAGGGGCAAGUCAAGGACAGAUGGUCAUCCUGGCAACUUGUGGAGGGUGAUGCCCCAAGCAGUGACCUGAGCACAGCGGUUGAUAGUCCUGGGAGCCAACCCCCCUACCGACUGAGCCAGCUGCCCCCCACCAGCAGCCACAUGGGGGGCCCCCCUGCUGGGGUGGGCCUUCCUUGGGCUCAGAGGGCACGCCUCCAGCCGGCCAGUGUCGCCCUGAGGAAGCAGGAGGAGGAGGAGAUAAAGCGCUCCAAGGCCCUGUCAGACAGCUAUGAACUCUCCACAGACCUGCAGGACAAGAAGGUGGAAAUGCUGGAGAGGAAGUAUGGGGGCUCCUUCCUGAGCCGAAGGGCUGCCAGGACCAUCCAGACAGCCUUUCGCCAGUAUCGUAUGAAUAAGAACUUUGAGCGGCUGCGCAGCUCAGCUUCAGAGAGCCGCAUGUCCCGCCGCAUCAUCUUGUCCAACAUGCGGAUGCAGUUCUCUUUUGAGGAGUACGAAAAAGCACAGAACCCUGCAUACUUCGAGGGCAAGCCUGCCUCACUGGAUGAGGGUGCCAUGGCUGGUGCCCGGAGCCACCGGCUUGAACGGGGUCUCCCCUAUGGAGGCUCCUGUGGUGGGGGCAUCGAUGGUGGUGGAAGUUCAGUCACCACAUCUGGCGAGUUUUCUAAUGACAUCACAGAGCUCGAGGACUCCUUCUCCAAACAGGUUAAGUCUCUGGCUGAAUCCAUCGAUGAAGCCCUGAACUGCCACCCAUCAGGGCCUAUGUCUGAAGAACCAGGGUCAGCCCAGCUGGAGAAGCGGGAAUCAAAGGAACAUCAAGAGGACAGCUCAGCCACAUCCUUCAGUGACCUUCCCCUCUACUUGGAUGACCCAGUUCCUCCUCCAUCACCUGAGCGAAUGCCCAGCGCAGAGCCCCCACCCCAGGCCCGCCCUGAAUUCUGGGCACCAGCUCCCCUCCCACCAGUUCCUCCACCGAUGCCACCAGGGACCCGGGAAGAUGGUAGCCGUGAGGAGGGCACUCGAAGGGGUCCUGGGUGCUUGGAAUGCCGGGAUUUCCGGCUCCGGGCUGCGCACCUUCCCCUCCUUACCAUUGAGCCUCCCAGUGACAGUUCUGUAGACCUGAGUGACCGCUCAGAUCGCGGCUCUGUCCACCGCCAGCUGGUGUAUGAGGCUGAUGGCUGCAGCCCCCAUGGGACCCUGAAGCACAAGGGGCCACCAGGCAGGGCCCCAAUCCCACACCGCCACUACCCUGCCCCUGAGGGUCCAGCUCCAGCCCCACCAGGGCCCCUGCCACCAGCCCCCAAUAGUGGCACUGGGCCUAGUGGUGUGGCUGGAGGUCGGAGGUUGGGAAAAUGUGAGGCAGCAGGUGAGAACUCUGAUGGUGGAGACAAUGAGAGCCUUGAGAGCUCCAGCAACUCCAAUGAGACCAUCAACUGCAGCUCUGGCUCCUCUUCUCGGGAUAGCCUGAGGGAACCUCCAGCCACUGGCCUGUGCAAGCAGACUUACCAGAGGGAAACAAGGCACAGCUGGGACUCACCAGCCUUCAACAAUGAUGUGGUCCAGAGGCGGCAUUACAGAAUUGGCCUCAACCUCUUUAAUAAGAAGCCAGAGAAGGGUAUCCAGUAUUUGAUCGAGCGAGGUUUCCUGUCAGACACUCCUGUGGGGGUGGCUCACUUCAUCCUGGAGCGGAAAGGCCUGAGCCGGCAGAUGAUAGGGGAAUUUCUGGGGAACCGGCAGAAGCAGUUCAACAGAGAUGUGUUGGACUGUGUGGUGGAUGAGAUGGACUUCUCCUCUAUGGAUUUGGAUGAUGCACUCAGGAAGUUCCAAUCUCAUAUUCGAGUUCAGGGUGAGGCCCAGAAAGUGGAGCGACUCAUUGAAGCCUUCAGCCAGCGGUACUGUGUCUGUAACCCUGCCCUUGUACGCCAGUUCCGGAACCCAGACACCAUAUUCAUCCUUGCUUUUGCCAUCAUCCUCCUCAAUACGGACAUGUACAGCCCCAGUGUCAAGGCUGAACGCAAGAUGAAACUGGAUGACUUCAUUAAGAACCUGAGAGGGGUUGACAAUGGUGAAGACAUUCCCCGAGACCUCUUGGUAGGCAUCUACCAGCGCAUUCAAGGCCGUGAACUGCGGACCAAUGAUGACCAUGUGUCCCAGGUGCAGGCUGUGGAGCGCAUGAUUGUUGGCAAGAAACCGGUCCUGUCUCUUCCUCACCGUCGACUGGUUUGCUGCUGCCAGCUCUAUGAGGUGCCAGAUCCAAACCGCCCCCAAAGGCUGGGACUGCAUCAGCGGGAGGUUUUCCUCUUCAAUGACCUCCUUGUGGUCACCAAAAUUUUCCAGAAGAAGAAGAUCUUGGUGACAUACAGCUUCCGACAGUCCUUUCCCCUGGUGGAAAUGCACAUGCAGCUCUUCCAGAAUUCAUAUUAUCAGUUUGGGAUCAAGCUAUUGUCUGCGGUACCUGGAGGGGAACGAAAAGUCCUCAUCAUCUUCAAUGCUCCUAGCCUCCAAGACAGGCUGCGCUUUACCUCUGACCUGCGGGAGUCUAUUGCUGAAGUGCAGGAGAUGGAGAAGUACCGUGUGGAAUCGGAGCUGGAGAAGCAGAAAGGUAUGAUGCGGCCUAAUGCCUCACAGCCUGGAGGAGCCAAGGACUCAGUGAAUGGGACUCUGGCCCGCAGUAGUCUGGAGGACACUUAUGGGGCAGGCGAUGGGCUCAAGCGGGGUGCACUCAGUAGUUCCCUGCGAGACCUCUCUGAUGCAGGGGUCUGUUAUUAGCAGUCCACGCCCUCACCAGAGGAUGCCACCUCCGCCCCCCCCCCCGCCGCCAGAGGAGUACAAGAGCCAGAGGCCAGUCUCGAACUCCUCAUCUUUCCUGGGCUCCCUAUUUGGAAGCAAGAGAGGCAAAGGGCCC